AUGUUCACUUUGAUUUUCCUGUUCUUGCUCCUGAACAUUCCACUUCUUGUGUCCAGUUUUAUUCAUCCCAGGUGUUUUUGGAAAGUGAAGCAGAAUAAGAGCAAGGAUGGAGACUUGUUAACAUCUUGUAUCUUCUCCCUUGGAUCAGUGAAGAGGCCUGUCAAAAAAGAAUAUUUCAACCGCCUUCUGAAUGUACAAACACCAACUGCAAGCUACAAGUUUGUUCUGGCCUUGGCAUUUUCCAUUGAUGAAGUCAACAGGAACUCUAAUCUUUUACCAAAUGUGUCUCUGGUGUUUGAAUUACCAGCAGGGGGUUGUCAUCCUGUGUCACAAUUACACAGUCUCAUACAUAAUUCUGAACAAAGCCAGGAAGCUCCACCUAAUUAUGUCUGUUAUGAAGACAUCGGGUGUGCAGUGCUGCUUACAGGACCUUACUGGGCAACAUCUGUCAUAAUGUGGAAAAUCAUGGAUCUCUACCAAUCUCAGCAGUUACUUCAGCUCACCUAUGGACCCUUUCAUCCUAUCCUGAGUGAUUGUGAACAAUUUCCAUAUCUGUAUCAGAUGGCCCCCAAGGACACAUCACUAGCCCAAGCCAUGAUUUCUUUGAUGCUUCACUUCAGUUGGAACUGGAUUGGGCUGGCCAUCUCAGACAAUGAUCAAGGUAUUCAAUUUCUCUCAUAUUUGAGAACAGAGAUGGAAAAAAAUACAGUCUGCUUUGCCUUUGUAAACAUGAUCCCGGUUAACAUGGAGUUAUACAUGUCAAGAGCUGAAGUGUAUUAUAACCAAAUCAUGACAUCAUCCACAAAUGUAGUUAUCAUUUAUGGAGACACAGACAGUACUCUAGCUGUGAGCUUUAGAAUGUGGGAAUCUCUAGGUAUACAGAAAAUAUGGGUCACCACUUCACAGUGGGAUGAUAUUACAAGUAAUAGAGACUUCACACUUACCUCAUCUCUUGGAACAAUAACUUUUGCUCAUCACCAUACUGAGAUUUCUGGUUUUAAAAAUUUUGUUCAGACAUUGACCCAUGUCAGAUACUCAGAUGAAUACCUGGCAAAGUUGGAGUGGAUGAAAUUUAACUGUGAAGUAGCAGAAUCUAAGUGGAAGACACUGAAGAAUUGUUCAACCAAUGCCUCACUGGAAUGGCUGAUGGUACAAACUUUUGACAUGGCCUUUAAUGAUGCCAGUUAUGAUUUAUACAAUGCUGUGUAUGCUUUGGCCCAUGCCCUUCAUGAGAGACUUCUUCAACAACAAGUAAAUCAGCCAAUGGACAAUGGGAAAGAACACAAUUUUAACUGUUUGAAGCUGCACUCCAUUCUGAGGAAGACUUACUUCACUAAUCCUGUUGGGGAAAAAGUAAAUAUGAAUGAGAAAGAAAAACUACAACCAGAUUAUGACAUUUUUCAGACUUGGAAUUUUCUACAAGGUCUUGGAAUUAAGGUGAAGAUAGGGAUUUUUAGCCCAUAUUUUCCUCAUGGUCAACAGAUCCGUUUAUCUGAAUAUAGGAAAUGGUGGCCCACAGAAAGUGGACAGAUGCCACCCUCAGUAUGCAGUGCUGAUUGUGGUCCUGGAUUCAGAAAAUAUGGGCAGGAGGGAAUGGCAGCCUGCUGUUUUAAUUGCAUCCUUUGCCCCCAAAAUGAAGUUUCUAAUGAGACAAAUUUGCAUCAAUGUGUGAAGUGUCCAGAGGACCAGUAUGCCAAUACAGGGCAGACCCUGUGCACUGACAAAGCUGUGAUCGUUAUGACCUAUGAGGACCCACUGGGGUUGGCUCUUGCCUUAAUGGCCUUGUGCUUCUCUGCAUUCACAGUUCUGAUUCUUGGGGUCUUUGUCAAGCACCAUGAAACUCCCCUUGUCAAGGCCAAUAACCGGAAUCUCAGCUACAUCUUACUCAUCUCACUCAUCUUUUGUUUCCUUUGCUCCUUGCUCUUCAUUGGCCAUCCCAACUCAGCUACCUGCAUCCUGCAGCAAAUCACAUUUGGAGUUGCAUUCACUGUGGCUGUUUCAACUGUGUUGGCCAAAACAAUUACUGUGCUUUUGGCUUUCAAAGUCACAGUCUCUGGAAGAAGGAUGAAGUAUUUCCUGGUUUCAAGGGCACCAAACUACAUCAUUGCCAUCUGCACUCUUAUCCAAAUUAUUCUCUGUGCAAUCUGGCUGCGAGUUUCUCCUCCCACUGUUGACAUUGAUACACACUCUGAGCACGACCAUAUCAUAAUCAUGUGCAACAAGGGCUCAGCUACUGCAUUCUACUGUGUCUUGGGAUACCAUGGCUCCCUUGCCUUAGGGAGCUUCAUUGUGGCUUUCUUGGCCAGGAAUCUCCCUGACACAUUCAAUGAAGCCAAGUUGCUGACCUUCAGCAUGUUAUUGUUCUGCAGUGUCUGGGUCACCUUUCUCCCAGUCUACCACAGCACCAAGGGUAAGGUCAUGGUGUCUGUGGAGGUCUUCUCCAUCUUGACCUCCAGUGCAGGCUUAUUGGGAUGCAUCUUUGUUCCCAAGUGCUACAUAAUUUUAUUAAGACCAGAGAGAAAUUCUCUUAAAAAAUUAAAGGAGAAAGCAUUUUCUUGA